CUUCAAAGACUCAGAACAGAAAGGGGCUUGUUCUUCUUCUCUGAAUCAAUCUAUUUUUUCAACAAAUAUGGCAAAGAGCUAUUUCAAGCAAGAGCACGAAUUUGAGAAGAGGCGGGCAGAGGCUGCUAGAAUUAGGGACAAAUAUCCAGAAAGAAUUCCAGUGAUUGUGGAGAAGGCUGAGAGAAGUGAUAUUCCGAACAUUGACAAGAAGAAGUACCUAGUCCCAGCUGACCUGACUGUAGGACAAUUUGUCUAUGUUAUCCGGAAGAGAAUUAAGCUGAGUGCAGAAAAGGCUAUAUUCAUAUUUGUGGACAAUGUCCUCCCACCUACAGGAGCAAUAAUGUCUACCAUAUACGACGAAAAGAAGGAUGCAGAUGGGUUUCUCUAUGUUACUUACAGUGGAGAGAACACAUUUGGGUACCAGAUCCCACCACAGCUCUAGCUCUUAUCACCUACAUUCCUUUGUCAUCUGUGUCGCCGCUUGUUUCUCAUUGCCUCAUGUUAAAUAAUUUUGGCAUCUUGCCUUUAAUAUAUAUAUAAUCCUGCUAAUGAUAACAAGUAUAUAUACUGUGUAUAGCUUCUCCACAAGCCAAAUGGUGAACACUUUAUUCUUAUUAAUGCAUUAAUCAGUUGCUUUUUCUCUGA